AACUUCUCAAUUACAUAACCUUCAAAUAAGAAAAACAUAGGUAAAUGGUGAAAUACUAAAUAAAAAGUAUAAGAACUUCUUAAUAACAUUAAAAACGUUUUAAUUACGUUUGUUUACUGAAAAUAAUGUCCCAAGCAGCAGAUCAAACCCAACCAAAAAUAAAAUACGGUGGAGAAACGAAAUUAAACAAAACUCAACUAGAGUUUAUGAAGAUAAUAGAACAACAAAAUCUAGAACGAGUUCAAAAACUCCAAAGAACUAGACGAAAUAAUAUUAUCACUGGAUUGUGCUUGGGAGCUAGUGUUCUCGGUAUUUACGCAUAUUCUAUGUUCAGUGUUGCACAGGAAAAAUUCCUUGAUGAUUUCGAAGAACCGAAAAAAACUGAUUUGAGUCACUAA